CAUUACAAUUCCCAACACGACAGGAUCGACCUUGUUCGGUACCGUGCAAGCAUCGAGCAACCAGCAACGCAACACAACGUAACGCAACGAAACGCAAAGCAGACCAACCGAAACCAAGCAUUCGAGAAGGGCACAUCCACAUCCACGGCGACAAGAUGAUGAACUCUACGACCGACGACGAGUUCGGCGCCAACCCCUUUCGCAUCGACGGGGGCGCCCAGCCCGACAUCUUCGCCCCGGUUCCGCAACAGCAGCAACAACAAGCGCAGCAGCCGCAGUUCGCCCAGCCCCCGCCCCUCCAGCAGCCGCAGUUUGCCCAGCCCCCGCCCCUCCAGCAGCAGCCGCAGUUUUCGCAGCCCCCGCCGCUCCCGCAGCAACCACAACAGCCACAAGCACCGCAGCAGCCGCAGUUCCUGCCGCAGGUCGUGCCAACCCCGGUGGCCCCGUCCAACCCCAACAUGCCGGCCGGCCUGAUGGCUCCCCCGAUGACCGCUGCCGUUCCGCAGCAGCAGCAGCAGCAGCAGCUCCCGGCGCAGCAGGCGGCACCCCUCGGGCUCUGGGGGAACUGCAAGGCGUGCCUGACCUUUGACUCGUACAAGGUCUAUUUCGACAUCGACGCCGACGACAUUGUCCGGCGGAUCCGGGGAUCCCUGAUGACCUUUUACAAACCGGAGCACUUUCGGAACAACAUCAUGGGGCCCGUCAAAACGGCCGAGCUCAAGGGACCCGAUUUGUACGGGCCCUUCUGGAUCACCAUGACGCUCAUUUUUUUCAUCGGGGUGAGUUUGGGUCUGUUCUGUUCUGUUCUGGUCUGUUCUGUUCUGGGCCCGAGACGUCAACUAGACCAGACCAGACCAGACGAGGAGAAGGCAAAAUUCUUCUUGGUUUGGGACCCCACCCGAUCGUAGCUCGCGCUGACCCGAUUUUUUUGUUUCUUGUGCUUCUUGCCCUCUCUUGGUGUUUCUUUCGCACUCGAUGCAACACAAUCACAAAACGACACAACGCAACGCAAUGCCAAACGAUCCGUCCGCCACGUAUGUCCCACAGGUCACGGCGAACAUCCACGGCUACGUCCACCGAAACGACGUCGAGGAAUUCGAUUACGACAUCAACCACCUGCUGCACGCCGCCUCGGUCCUGGUGACCUUUGCCUUUGCCCUGCCCGUGGUCCUGUGGAUGACCACCCACUGCUGCAUGUCCAUGAACGCGCUGCAGCUCGCGGAAUGGCUCUGCAUCUACGGGUACUCMCUGGUCCCCUACAUGCCGGCCGUCGUCCUGUCGAUCAUCCCCCUUUCCCUCGUCGCCUGGAUCACCCUGGGCAUGGCCACCGGGGCCUCCUGCCUCAUGGUCAUCCGGAACGUCGCCCCGGCCCUCCUGUCGUCGGACACCUCGGGGACCGGAAACGGGAUGGGGGGCCAGGCCAAGGGGCCGCCGAUCAUUCUGGUCAUCCUGGGCUGCCACCUGGUCUUUUUUCUGGUCCUCAAGUUCACCUUUUACCACUUUACGCCGGCGCACUCCACAGAGGCGCCCUUUGCGGCCCCCUCGAUCGCCCCGGUGGCGGCUCCCGUCGCGGCUCCCGUCGCGGCCCCCACCGCGGACCCGUGAGUUUCCGGAACGAGGGGUGCGGCCGAUCGAUGCG